AUGCGGACAGGUUCCGCUACCGCCGCCGCCGCCUCCUCCUCCUCGCCUGCUGCCGGGGUUUGUAUGAAAACACCGGGCGGCUGGCGGCGAGUGACCCGCGGGGCCCCCCGGAAAAAGCAGCCCCAGCCACCGCCUCCGCCGCCUGAUACGCCCAAGCCGGAGCCAGAGCUGGAGCUGGAGGCCGCCCUUCCUCCCAGGCCCGUCCCUCUCCCCGCCCAGAGCCGCCUUACUAGUAAUUCUCGGAUUGUGGCUCUCCUGGCUCAGCUGGAGAAGAUCAACUAUGAAUGUCCAGAAGCAGAAGCUGCCAGAUAUGUUACAUCAAAGAUUCUUCACCUGACUCAAAGUCAAGAGAAAAUCAGGAAAGAAAUAACAGCCAAAGGUUCUACAGGAAUGGAUGUUCUACUCUCAACAUUAGAGAACACGAAAGAUCUUCAAACCACACUUAACAUCUUAAGCAUUCUUGUUGAAUUGGUGUCAGUCGGUGGUAGUAGGAGAGCAAGUGCUUUAGUCUCCAAAGGUGGCACCCAAAUAUUGUUGCAGUUACUUUUGAAUGCCAGCAAAGAAUCUCCACCACAUGAAGAGUUAAUGGUUCAAGUUCAUACCCUUCUUGCUAGAAUUGGACCAAAAGAUAUUACUGAUGAGCAGACCAUAAAUCAAGGUUCUCUGUGCUAUCAUAUCUCCCAAGGAGUUUUGCAUAAUUUUGAUGUUUGUCGGGGAGAAAGUAUUAAAAGGGUUGCUUUAGACACACUUGCUGCAUUGCUAAAGUCAAAAACUAAUGCCAGGAGAGCUGUAGACAGAGGAUAUGUCCAUGUACUUUUAACAAUUUAUGUAGAUUGGCACCGGCAUGAUAAUCGGCAUAGAAACAUGCUCAUCCGGAAGGGAAUUUUACAGAGUUUAAAAAGUGUUACAAGCCUCAAGUUGGGAAGAAAGGCUUUUAUUGAUGCCAAUGGGAUGAAAAUUCUAUACAAUACUUCACAAGAUUGCUUGGCAGUCAGGACUCUUGAUCCUCUCGUCAACACGUCCAGUCUGAUUAUGAGGAAAUGUUUUCCUAAAAAUCGCCUUCCAUUACCAACUAUUAAAAGUGCUUUUCAUUUCCAAUUACCAGUUAUUCCUGUGACUGGACCUGUGGCUCAGCUCUACAAUUUACCACCUGAAGUGGAUGACGUAGUAGAUGAAAGCGAUGACAAUGAAGACCUUGAAUUAGAAGCUGAAAAUGAAAUUGAGAAUGAGGAUGAUAUUGACCAAAAUUUUAAGAAUGAUGAUAUUGAGACGGAUAUUAACAAGUUAAAACCUAAGCAAGAAAUAGGACGGCCGAUAGAAGAACUAAAAAUGUAUGAACACUUUUUCCCUGAACUUUCUGAUGACUUCAAGGAAUGUGAUUUAAUUGCCAAAGAACCAAAGCCCUUGGCAAAGGAAGGAAAUCUAGGUGGACCUAUUGUUGUUCCUACAGCAGGAGAAGAACAGCCUGUGGAACCAAACAGUAAUUCAGUGAAAAAGAAUACCAAUUCACAAGGAGAGGAAAGUGAUAAACAACCUACCCUUAUAGACCUGGCAAAAGAAGAUGUUAAAAACAAUGAUAGUUCAUUGCAGCAACAGGAAGGUGAUCAAAGUAGAACAGUUCCUUCAAGCCAGUAUCUCACUAGUGACCUAGUGAAGGCUUUGGACCGAAUAACACUGCAGAAUGCUCCCCAACCAUCCCAGAGUUUUACUGCCGGAAUAAAAAAAGAUUCCAAUCCUCACCUUACCUCUAUUACAUGUACUAAAGCAUGUCCACAUAUUUCUACUUGUGGAAAUGUACUUUUUGAGGGGCGAACAGUUCAACUAGGAAAGCUGUGCUUUACUGGAGUUGAAACUGAAGAAGAUGAGGAUUCAGAAUCUAACUCAUCAGUGGAGCAAACAUCACUUGAAGUACCCAACGUACCACCACUCCAUGAUUCUGAUCUGUAUGUUGAGAUUGUGAAAAAUACUAAAUCUGUUCCUGAAUAUUCAGAAGUGGCUUAUCCUGAUUAUUUUGGUCACAUUCCACCUCCCUUUAAAGAACCUAUUUUAGAAAGACCCUAUGGUGUGCAAAGGACAAAAAUUGCCCAGGAUAUUGAGAGACUAAUUCAUCAAAGUGAUAUUAUAGACAAAGUUAUGUAUGACCUGGAUAACCCAAAUUAUGUUAUACCAGAAGAAGGAGAAAGUUUGAAAUUUAAUUCUAGAUUUGAAUCUGGAAAUCUACGGAAGGUUAUUCAAGUUAGAAAAAACGAGUAUGAUCUUAUUCUGAACUCAGAUAUAAAUAGCAAUCAUUAUCAUCAGUGGUUUUACUUUGAAGUUAGUGGAAUGCGGACAGGCAUUGGAUACCGAUUUAAUAUCAUCAACUGUGAAAAAUCCAACAGUCAGUUUAAUUAUGGUAUGCAACCCCUUAUGUAUUCAGUCCAAGAAGCAUUACAUGCCAGACCGUGGUGGAUUCGUGUAGGUACAGACAUUUGUUAUUAUAAAAAUCAUUUCUCUAGAAGUUCAGUUGCUGCUGGUGGGCAAAAAGGAAAAUCCUAUUAUACAAUUACAUUCACAGUAACUUUCCCACAUAAGGAUGAUGUUUGCUAUUUUGCUUAUCAUUAUCCAUAUACAUACUCAACUUUACAGAUGCAUCUUCAAAAAUUGGAAUCAGCCCACAACCCUCAGCAAAUCUAUUUUCGACAAGAUGUGUUAUGUGAAACUCUGUCUGGAAACAGCUGUCCGUUAGUGACUAUAACUGCUAUGCCAGAGUCCAAUUAUUAUGAAAAUAUCUGUCAAUUUAGAAAUCGCCCUUAUAUUUUCUUAUCUGCUCGAGUACAUCCUGGAGAAACUAAUUCAAGCUGGGUUAUGAAAGGGACUCUGGAAUAUCUCAUGAGUAAUAACCCUACUGCUCAGAGCUUGCGUGAAGCUUAUAUUUUUAAAAUUGUCCCUAUGCUAAACCCAGAUGGUGUCAUUAAUGGAAACCACCGUUGUUCUUUAAGUGGAGAAGAUUUGAACCGGCAAUGGCAAAGUCCAAACCCGGAUUUGCAUCCUACAAUUUACCAUGCUAAAGGUCUGCUACAGUAUAUGGCUGCAAUAAAGCGUUUGCCUCUGGUUUACUGUGAUUACCAUGGUCACUCUCGAAAGAAAAAUGUAUUUAUGUAUGGCUGCAGCAUCAAAGAGACUGUUUGGCAUACGAAUGAUAAUGCUGCCUCUUGUGAUGUGGUUGAAGAUAUGGGAUACAGGACUUUGCCUAAGAUAUUGAGCCAUACUGCCCCGGCAUUCUGCAUGAGCAGCUGCAGCUUUGUAGUGGAAAAGUCCAAACAAUCUACAGCCCGUGUGGUUGUGUGGAGGGAAAUAGGAGUACAGAGAAGCUACACCAUGGAGAGCACAUUAUGUGGCUGUGAUCAAGGAAAAUACAAGGGUUUACAGAUCGGGACACGAGAAUUGGAAGAGAUGGGAGCAAAGUUUUGUGUUGGUUUAUUCCGUUUGAAAAGACUGACAUCACCAUUAGAAUACAAUAUGCCUAACAGCCUUCUCGAGUUUGAAAAUGACUUGAUUGAAUCUAGCUGCAAAGUAACAAGCCCUACCACUUAUGUUUUGGAAGAAGAUGAACCUCGUUUCCUUGAAGAAGUUGAUUACAGUGCAGAAAGUAAUGAUGAGAUAGACAUUGAAUUGCCUGAAAAUGUUGGGGAUUAUGAACCUUCUGUCCAAGAAGAUGCACUUUCUGACACGGAGUCAACAAAAACAUGCCUUCCUUGAGCCAUCUGCCAUCUCAUGUAAAUGGCUAAAGAAUAAAAGAAAUAUCUUAGUUUCUAUUGCAUAGGAAACUUUAGAUUUUUUAAAAAGAGCUGACUCAAAGAGACAAAAAAGUAACUGGAGCCAGUUUGGUUUCAAGACAAUAAAUGUGUUUUUGAUUUAUGAUAAAAACUGGCAUUUGUUUUAUUUAAAGAAUUCAAUGCCCUGAUUUGAUAGCAUUGAAUUAUCAAAGAUUGAUUUAUCUUUUUUUUUCAACAAAACUUUACUCAGUAUCAUUGCAUGACUUUUUGUCUCCUUAUCCUUAUAUCCUACAUCAAAUGGAUAAGUUUGCAGUGUUUCAGAGUAAAACAAUCUCAUCCUAGAUCCCAUUGGUAAUAAGUUGUUGAAAAUAAUAUGUAUGUACAGGGAUUUUUAUUGAUCUGUGUGUUGUUUGUGUGGGAGUGGGUGGAUAUUGAAGAAAAGAAAUUAAGUUCUUCAGAAUGAUGUUAACUCUUUGAUUGUGUUUGAAGUAAUCUAGAACUUGCUUUGAAACCAUUUCAUUCUACAGUUACCAAAUUAAACAAAUCAAAAAU